AUGCGGGCCCUUUUUCUCCUAUUAAUCAAUCUAAUCUCAACAAUUUUAUGUGGAAAUGUCCUUUUUCUACCAUCCACUCUUUAUCCUGUGCAUAGUUUAACAAUGUCUCAUUUGGCAAAUGAGUUAUCGAAUCGUGGACAUCAGAUUACAUGGUUGGAAAUUGGUCCACAACAGGUUAGCUAAAACUUUUGCGCAAAAAUGACAUCUGAUUUUUCAGUCUAAAACAGUGCUUCAAAAAUCAGUGAAUCGAGAAUUCUGGCCAGCAAAAUUCAACGAUCAAACUUUGAGCGAUAUUUUCACACAUCGAAAUCACUCUCAACAUUCGAAGGUAAGCUAAGCGUUCUGAACUUCUAAUUUUUAUACAUUUUCUUGUAUAUUUCUAGCUUUGGGAUGUUGAUUUCAACAAUGAGAAUGAGCAAACAACUGGCUGGUUAGCUUCAAUUCGACUUUGUGAUUCGGUUCUUUCGAAAAGCAAGGAUAAAUUCGACAAACUUGUUCAACAAAAAUUCGACACCAUUGUCGUUGAUGAUCUUUAUAAUCCAUGUGGAAUUCUUCUAGCCGGACUUAAAAGUGAGAAUUUUGAAAAAGGCUUUUGGAAAAUUUUACACAUUCAGAGUCACCCAGAAAUUUUUUUUUUCCUUUUUCAGAAUCUGUGUACGUUUAUUGGAGUAUGACAUCAAUGCGAACCGAAUCAGCUUGGGCAAAUCAAUCUCCAUCGCCUCCAAGUUAUCUACCAGCUCCAGGAACUGGUUUGACCGAUGAUUUGAGUUUCACACAACGAAUUUAUAAUGUUGCUUCAUAUUUCAAGAAUCUUUAUAUUCAUCAACAUAUUGUUCAGCCAAGAAUUGAUGCAGUUUUCCAGGUUUGAUCUAGUUUUCUAGAAAAUAUUCUCAAUUGUUCAAUCCAAAAAAAUUACAGAAAUAUUAUCCUGGAGUUGAAUCAACUUUUAAUAUUGAGCGAAAUGCUUCAAUAAAUUUGGUGAAUAAUCCUCCAAUUUUCGAUUUUGCUCGUCCUUAUAUGCCACGUGUCAAUUUUGUUGGUGGAUUACAUUGCAAAAAAGCUGGAGAACUUUCAAAAGAAUAUUCAGAUUUUAUAGAAAAUUCUGGAAAGGGUUUUAUUCUUCUUACAACCGGGUUCACUGCUCAAUGGAAAAACGCGCCAGAAGAAAUCAAACAAAUCUACAUUUCAACAUUCAAAUCUCUUCCAAAUUUUCAAUUUAUUUGGCAAUAUAAUGGUCUAACAAUUAAUGGCCUUCCAAAAAAUGUUCUUAUCAAAUCAUGGGUUCCACAACAAGAUCUAUUAGGAAAUAGCAAAUGUUUAGCACAUGUUUCACACGGUGGUUUGAAUAGUGUUAUUGAAUCAGUUUAUCACGGUGUUCCGGUUGUUGGAUUACCAUUAACAACAAGAGCAUAUGAUAAUCUACUUCGAGUAACUGCAAGAGAUUCAGGAAUUCUUAUUGAAAAAUCAGAUUUUUCCACCGAAUCACUGAAAAAUGCGUUGGUUGAAGUUAUUGAAAAUGAGAAAUUCAAAAAGGAAAUGCUAAUUUUCCAAGACAUGGUUAUUGAUGUUCCUUAUACUGAAUUAUAUCAUGCCGCAUUUUGGGUUGAAUUUAUUGAACGACAUCAAGAGGUAAGAUUCAAAAAGUCACAAGUAUUUCAAACAAAAGUAUUCAAAUUCUAGGUUCCCCAUGCUCGAUCAGGCGCUGACAAACUCAACGUCUUCCAAUAUUUCCUUGUCGACGUCAUCGCUUUUUUCUUCUUCGUUAUUUACUGUACUAUUGCCUCUAUCUAUUUUGUCAUUCGAUCAAUCUUCCGUGCUAUUCGAUAUGUCUUUUCAUCAAUCGGAAUCGUCGCCAAAAAAUCGAACAAAGUCAGCAAAUCCAAGAAAUCCAAUUAG